CAUCCAGCAACGGCGCGGGGUCCACAGAAUUUCAAGGUACCAACCCAACCAUCGCGCGUCGUUGCAGCUCGAGGUAUCGCGCCAGCCCAAAUCUUCCCUGCAAGCUUCAGCCUCCAACCUGUCCUAUUUAAGCACGUCACUCUCAACACCCUAAACGCCACUAUGGACCCCCCAAUCAAGAGCAUCAUCACGACCGACGCGCCCCCGAAGCUGGACGACUUCACCCCGCUCGCCGAGUUCCAGGAGGCCACGCCCGUGUCCUUCUUCGACGGCAAGCCCGUCCUGCACUUCCACGCCGCAGGGGCCCGCGCCCUGGUCCCUGCCUCCCAGCGCAAGAGGCUGCCCGUCUUCCGCGGAGCCGAACCAGCCGCCGCCCCUGCUACAGCCGAGGGAGCGGUGGAGGAGGAGCAGCUUGUAGAGCAAAAAGUCGACGUCUUUGUAAAUUCGGCUAACUUCACCCUGUUCAGUCAAGAUGCCACGUGCGGCGUCAAGAUCCCGUACCCACUGAUCGGCAUCCACGCCGUCAAGACGCUCCCAGAUUCUUCCUCCUCCGACGCCCCCGUCCAGGCCGUCUACAUGCAGCUCGACCUGCAAGACGGCGGCGCCGACGACGAGACAUACGACACGGUCGAGCUGACUAUUAUCCCCCCACCGCCCGCCGCCACCACCACCACUGCCGCCACCACUACAACAGACGAUACUACCUCACCGCCAGCAGCACCACCCUCAAGAAACGCCCCCAAGUCCGAAGCCGCAGCCCUCUUCGCCGCAAUCUCGGCCUGCGCCGAGCUGCACCCGGACCCCGCAGAUGCCGACGACGACGACGAUGAGGACGGCACGUACGGCUACGAGAUUGACGACCGCGUCGUCUUCGAGGCCGCCGACGGCUUCGCCCCGGCGUCGGGCGUCUUCCGCGGCGCCGCCGACGGCGGCCUGCCGCCCCCCAUGCCCGGCAGCUCGGGCUGGAUCACAGCCGACAACGUGGCCGACUACUUUGACGCCGACGGCAACUGGAUCGGUGGCCCGGGCGUCAGCGGCGAGCUGGGCGAGGGCGCCGGCCGCGUCAGGGGCCGGGACGAGGCCGAGGCCGAGGCCGAGGGCGACGACGGCGGUGCUCCCGACGGCGCCGAGGCGGCGGGCGCCGCCAACGGCCAGGGUGCGAAUGGGCAAGCGGGCGAGGACGACCAGGAGAACAAGAGGCAGAGGACCGAGUAAAUCGGCACGGUGCGCCUCCAUCAGAGUGGCCACAUUCGGUCUACACAUAAAGAAACAAGGAACCUGGAAAACCAAAAAGGGAUGAAAAAAAGAGACAUUGUAAUACUGAUUUUUGGCUCUCUGGAUCACAAUCACGUCGACUAGUUGUCAUCUGUGGUUUAUAGGCAGCAUCAACGAAACACGAAGCAGGGCCCAUAAAGAGCGACUAUAGUCAGCAACAGCUUGUUUGUUCGCACCCACCUUUUUCUUUUGCACAUUUACAGUUUGUCCUCCUUCUGUCAGAGAUGCGACCGACCUUUCUGACUAUAUUACCCAGCCUACAUGGGCAAAACAUGCUGCGCAGAGAAUAACACUCUCAACCUUUAAUGCCAACCACGAUGGAUGUGAUCGUGGUAUGGGGGCGUUCCGUUUCCCCAAAAAAAAGUUUUGCAAAUGCUCCCAGAUCCCACAAAUGCCGUCAUGGAGUCGUUAGUUCGUGACAAAAGAAAUUGCAAGCCAACCUAGAGAUCAAAACACCAGACCGACCUGGGACGCGUUUUUCUUCUGCAUCCCAGCUCUCAGCGGUCGAUGAGGGAGUAGACUCGGCACCAUGACGAGGACCCAAAAGUGGCAAAGUCAUCAAACAAAACCAAGCGCUAAAAUUCUAGCGGAGGGCGAGGGGCGAAAUGUAGCCGCUCAGCCUAGCCGCUCCACCCCUUUGCCCUUGGCGGUCUUCUU